GCAGCGGCGCUUACCGUGGGUCCUCGGUACGAAGCGAUCGCUGCAACUCGUGCCUGAUUACGACUUACACAUGAGGUCCUAUAAGUCAACAAGCAGGGGUCAUACUAAUUCUCUCGCCGCCAUAACCAGUCUGGGUCAUGCCAACGCGCAUGCUAGAAUUCGCCGUUGACAUCGGAUUAGACUGAAUGCUAGGCAGAAUCCAGCCUCUACUAAAGUAAAUGCAUAUAUCAUAUCCUUCCAUAAUCAGGCGGGGGCCCCGUGGCUCUGAGUAUCAGGGGCCCACACGUGUAUUGCGCACUCUCCGUUCACUUGUCCGCUAUCGACCAUGUCAUUGCAGCAAAAGGCUGAGGUCCUCCGGCAAAAGAUUGAUGAUCUCCUCGUAGCGGGUGGUGCUAUAGCCGUCCCAAUCCUCCGGGUUGUCAAUAAUACGGCUGAUUGGUGUCCCCCGCUAAAAAUGGCGACUGGCGGUGCACUCUCCAUCCUCGACGAGGUUCAGAAGUUCAAGGACGACAAGAAGGAAUGGGCUGGUUUUGGUCAACAUGUAGUCGACACUGUGACUGAGGUGAUUUUAGCCAUAAAAUCCUAUGAUCCAUCAGCGGAAGAGGCAAAGCCGUGGGUGGAGAGUAUCACGAAGCUUGAUGACGCGCUACAGAAGAUCAAGUCCGACAUCGAUCGAAGACUGAAAAAAUUGGAGAAACGACCGGCUUUCAUGAAUGCAUUGUCUUACUUGAGAGACCCAGGAAAGAUCGAUGACCUAAAGAAAGAGUUUGACAAAGCAUUGACAUCGUUUCAGCUUAGGGCGAACCUAAUAGGCAGCGCCAAAUUAGCGGCCAUAGAACGUCGUCUACAGGAUGACAAAAUCUUGGAUAGUCUCCGAUUCCCUCAUAUCGCCCACGAUGAUUCCACUCAGGCAUGCCUAGAAGGCACUAGGGUGGAUCUCACCGAGCGUAUUAUGACAUGGUGCCGCAACACUGGGGAGAGUGAGAACCGGUUAAUGCUGCUGACAGCUGUGGCCGGUGCCGGUAAGACUUCGAUUACGCUCACGAUAGCAGAACGGUGUGCGAGUGAAGAGGACGUUACCCUGUUACUGCACUUCUUCUUCAAAGCUGGCGAACGGUCACGGCCCGAUUCUCUAUUCAGCGGCAUAGCUCGGGCUUUAGCAGACCAUGACCCGGUUUACCGCACUUUCAUUAUCUCUGCUCUGCGAAAAGACCCUUCCCUCUCAACGGCCCUACUCGCGAAGCAAUUCGAGAAUUUGGUGGCUUCGCCUCUCCAACAUAAACCUCCAUCUCCCGACCGUCCUAUGGUGGUCAUCAUUGAUGCGUUAGAUGAAUGCGAUAAAGAAGCGUUUGAGCCUCUUGCCGAAAUUCUUAGGGAAGGGGUGUCCAGGCUACCAUCUUCCAUUAAAUUCUUCAUCACAUCGAGACAGUUUGAUCUCGUGAAUCGCUACCUCUCCCCUAAUUGCCCAAUCCAUCGUCUCACUAUUGAUCUUUCGGAUGGGGCAAAUUUGAGGGACUGUACUACAUACAUACAUUCCCAGCUGCAAGUGCUGAAGAAAGUACAUCCGGAUGUACGCCAUAAUCUUCAGGACGAGGAUAAGAAAGUACAGGAGAUCUCAGAACAAGCAAAUGGUUUGUUUGUUUGGAUCAGCACCAUCUUUCGCUACAUGAGGAUGGCCAACAAGAAUCCUAUGAAGACGUUAGAGGGCCUGCUCGACACUGGUGCCAAACGAUCAAAGGUCCCUGCUGAGGGAAUGAUGGAUCGCUUGUAUACAAGCAUUCUGAAGAAGUGCGAUUGGGAGGAUGAAGAGUUUGCAUAUGACUACCCAAUCGUGAUGGGAGCAAUCUUCGUUGCGCAGCAACCUCUAUCUGUCGCAGCUUGGGACGCCAUUUUGUCACCUUUCCUCAAAUCUUCUGUUCAAUAUGUGUUGGCAGAACUCGCACCUCUCCUCUCAGUGGUUGGGGAUCAUCAUGUUCCAGUUCGAAUCUUACACCAAUCCUUCCGUGUCUUCAUCAUCGAUCGGAUUGAUCCCCGAUCAAUCAACCCCAGCUGCGGUCCAGAUCUUUCCUCUGUAGAGGGCUUAGGACUGAUUGAAAAUCUGUCCAAAAAAGACGAAAUGCCGCGCAUUCCUCGAGAGGAGUUAUCCGAGCACUUUCAUUAUGCAUGUCGCCAUAUUGUCCAUCACCUCAGUGGAGUCCAGGAACCGGAGGAGGGGCUUGCUGUGUCAGUUGCUGUAUUUCUCACUCAAGAAGCAACUCGCUGGGUGGAAGUCUGUGUGAGAAUGGAGGGCUACAUUAGUAUCUCGUCACUACCCAAGUGGGCUAAGUCAGCUGUUGAGCACCGGUCCAAGGAUGCUAUUCGUGCAUUGGCCAAUGAGCUUAUCCAGCUUGUGGAGAAUUUGUUUUUUUUUUCAAGAUUCCAUGAGGCUUAUGAGGCAGCGAAUGAUUCCGUUGUGUUCUGCCGUGACCUUGUUUCUCUGGACCCAGGGACCUACACCUCGGAUUUGACCGAGUCACUCAACAAUCUAUAUUGCACUCUUUCGAAUCUUGGACGGCACUCGGAGGCGCUCCCAUUUAUUGAAGAAAGCGUCAGGCUCUGCCGCCAGCUAGUUACUGUUCACCCAGGAUCAUAUACCCCGGAUUUGGCCGGGUCACUCAACAACCUAUGCAAUGCUCUUUCCAAGCUGGGACGGCACUCAGAGGCGCUCCCAUUCAUCGAAGAAAGCGUCAAUCUCCGACGCCAGCUAGUUGUUGUUCACCCAGGAUCAUACACCCCAGGUUUGGCCACGUCACUCACCAAUCUAUAUGCAACUCUUUCCAAUCUCGGACGGCACUCGGAGGCACUCCCAUUCAUUGAAGAAAGCGCCAAACUGUACCGGAAACUAGUUGCUGUUCAUCCAGGAUCAUACACCCCGAAUUUGGCUAUGUCACUCAAUAAUCUACGUAUUGCUCUUUCCAAUCUUGGACGGCACUCAGAGGCACUCCCAUUCAUCGAAGAGAGCGUCAAACUCUACCGCCAGCUAGUUGUUGUCCACCCAGGAUCAUACACCCCGCAUUUGGCCAAGUCACUCGGCAGCCUAUGCAAUGCUCUUUCCAAUCUGGGACGGCACUCGGAGGCGCUCCCAUUUAUUGAAGAAAGCGUCAAACUCUACCGCCAGCUAGUUGCUAUCCACCCAGGAUCAUACACCUCAGAUUUGGCCACGUCACUCAACAAUCUAUGUAUAACUCUUUCCCGUCUCGGACAGCACUCGGAGGCACUCAUAUCCAUUGAAGAAUGUGUCCAAAUCCGGCGCCAGCUAGUUGCUGUCAACCCAGGAGCACAUGCCCCAGAAUUGGCCGAGUCACUCAACGAUCUACGUACCGCACUCUCCGAUCUCGGGCGUCAUUCCGAUGCACUAAUGGUCCGCGAUUGAGUGGCCUAGGUUCUCUGGUCUUCCCUAUUCCGCUUACCAUUGCCAUUUCCCGUGGGCCACCACCCACACCACAAUGCACAUGCUGCAUGUGUGAAAGGGGGAACACUGACGACUCUAUCCCAGUUUAUUUGUU